CAUCGUGAUCGCAAUCGCAAUCGCAAUCGCGUACAGUACAAUGAAGGAGCAGUCAAUCACUAAUAACCUAUGUAGCAGCCAGUUCAAAUUGAAGAACUGAGAUCGAUUGGUGCAUAGAUAUCGUCCAAGAAUAAUUUAAUUUCAAUUCUAGCACCAUUCGAAAUCAGUGCUUUGUAUUGGAACCGAUCAGCGGCGCAUUAGCACAAAGUGUUUCAAGUGAUUUAUCAAAAGUGAUUCAUGAUAUUGCCACGAUCACAGUCAAUUGACUCUAAUCACUGUUAAAUUGGGUGCAUCAUUAUUACAUAUUUUGUUUUUUUUUAUAUACUUAUACACAUUUGUAAGUAUUGGCUAAAAGUGGCGAACGUGAUCACGAUGGAAGCCGUCAAAGUGCAACGAAGGUUUCCUAUUGUCGCUGUGCAGCCGCGUUCCGACUCAAACAGCAGUAUAUAAUAUGGGUCACAUUUUAUAUACCUGUCUGUAUAUAUUAAACACUCAUCAUUUCUUGUUAAUUACAGUUUCCACUCUAUAUAAGAGUUCAGUUGCUAGCAGCACUAUAAAUCUGUCCUUUGAUAUUCUAAAUCAUUAAUAGUCAAUAGUCAAACUAUUUUACCUCAAUCGAUCUUUAUUAACUAUUAAAAAUUUUACAAUUUAAAUACAUUUUUGUCGGUUGACAAUCAAUUAUCAUUGAAAUGCGAAAUUUUAAAUUCACAACACUUGAAAAGUAAUCGAAUAACAUGAUUGAAAUCUCGCUUAAGAACAGGUUUUAUCAACAAAUGAGUGGACUUCUUUUUUACCAGUUUGUUAAGAUUCGUGAACGCGAUCCCUUAUAAUAUGGGUCACAUUUUAUAUACCUGUGUGAAUUUAAUAAACACAAAUUAAUUGUUAAGGUUUCCCCAGUGGAAUUAUGGUAGAAAAUAUUGAAGUGAUGUCUUUAUUCCAUGAGUGUUAUUCUAUGAGUGUUCAGUUAUUAACAGCACUAUAAAUCUGUCACUUGAUAUAAAUAAUAAUUAAUUUAAAGCAUGGCAGAUUUAGCAUGAGUCAAUAGACAAACGGUUCCACUUUAAUCGAUAUUGAAAAGUUAGUAAAAAUUCAAUUCGACAUUUUUAUAGCUUUGUGAUAACUAACUACUUAAUUUUGGUAAAUAAAACAAUUUGUUGUUUGACAAUCAAAGCAUAAUACUAUCAAUGAAAUUCGACAUGUUAAAUUCGCAACAUUCUCAAAGUAUUAUUCGAUUGGAAUCGCACGUAAAAACCAACUUUAUCAGCAAAUGAAUGGUCGUUUUUUAACCGUUUUGUUAACUUUUGUGGACGCCAUUUCUUAUCAGAUUUUGAUGCAUUGUAGCCACUUAAGAUUUGAUUUAUUUAUACAUCUGCUAUUAGGGGCGGCAUCGAUUUGAAAAUAAUUUCCCAGCUCUUAUCAAAUAUUUUGAGACUUGCAUAAAUCUUAUUUGGCUGACAAUAAAUCAAAGCAUUAUUUAGUAUAGCUUCGACUGCCAGACUAGUGAAAUUUCUAUUGAUUUUCUUAGUGAAAGACUCGAAAGUCGCUUAGAAGUAAAUGAUUCCAAUCCCGCUCCCCAUCGAAGUUGUUCCAAGGCCACGAGGAGCCAAAAAUAGCAUAAUCUGAUGCUCUGAAAUGUACAGUUUUGCCAUUUUGUGUAAAAUGACAGUCAGUUGGCAGUUGGCAGUUGGCAGUUGGCGCUGCCCCAGCUGAUAGCCGCGCAAUGUGACAAAUCGAAUCUUAUCUAAAGCGAGACCCUAAUUGCUUUCUUAAUAUAUUGCCCCCCAUCAUCAGCAUUCUGCGAGUAAGACUCACACUAUCUAUCGUCUCUGGCUAUAUAAUGCACAACUCCCAAUUUGCUGGCAGUUAGUCGGUUUGGUUAUUAUCAAAAGACAAGGCGUUCAAAUGAAGCGAGGAAGCGUUGUGAUUGUCGUCCUGCUGCUGGCAAUGGCUGCCCAGCUGCAGCUCAGCACUCAAGUGGAGUAUAUGAACAGUAAUCAGGAUAUUUGUCGACUAUUUCCGGAUAACACAAAGAUACGCGAGCCAGGCUACUGCGAUCGCUGGAUCGUCUGCAAGAACUUAAAGACAACAGAGGGCGAAAUAUGCACGGGUUCGACAUCAAAGUUCAAUCUGAACUCAGGCAGCUGUGCAAAGAGUCUUGAGAAAAAGGAUACUUAUUGCGAUGCGCCGUGCACGUCGAAGACUAACGGCUACGUCGGAGACUCUUUCAACUGUGCCAACUGGUAUUACUGUGAGAAGGCUAAGCUUUUGAGCAGUGGCGUUUGUGAAGGCGGCAGGUAUUUCGACCAGGCGAGCGGGGGUUGCUACUAUCCCCAGAACACGCAGUGCAAUGCCAAAUUUGAGAUCUGCCAGAUUGCGCCCGUUGGCGUUAAGGUUAAGGACGAGGUCUAUUGCAAUUCAUAUAUCACCUGCAGCAAGACUGGCGAGAUGACUCGCAAUGAAUGCGAACCUGGAAAGUACUUCGAAGUGUUAUCUGGAGAGUGCAUCCAGAAGGCGCUGGUUGAAUGUGAUAAGCAUCCCUUACCGGAAGAUGCCUGUGGCAACAAGAAGCUGGCGAAGCGAGACACAUUUGUUUCCGACGGCGCCACCUGUCGCGGCUAUUUAUAUUGCCGGGACAUGGGCUCCGGCAUACCGGACCCAGACCCAGUGUGGCAACAGUGCCCUCUCGGAACCUUCUUCAAUGCGACGUUGCAACUUUGCCAGGACAAAAGCGCCUGCAAGUGCUCCGAGGAUCGAUGCGAUGGACGCGAAAGUGGCUUCGAACUGAUGCAGGUGGCGGGUUGCCACAAUUAUGUGGAGUGUGUGAACGGGGUGGAGAUGUCACCUUUCCGGUGCGACGACGAUGAGUAUUUUGAUAUAGAAACUGAGAAGUGUACAACUGAGCCUAGGCAUUAUCAAAUAUGCAGUUAAAUUCCGUUUGAAGAAUAAAUUUCUUAAAUCAGUGACUUCA